AUGUAUUCGUAUUUAAGCCCCCGACCAAAGGAACUAAGUCCACACGACGGCCCUGUCCACGUUGGUGCAGCCUUAGAAGCGCCAAGCACUCAGAACGAUUUACCCCUUCGUGGUACAGACCGGGAGCGGAGCCGCUCCCUUAGACUCACAAAUAGCGGAGCCCGGGUGCAGCGGGGCCAAGAGCAGCCGGAGCAGAGAGGCUGCAUCUACCGGGCACCUGCCCUCCUGCCCAGGCUCGCCCCGCACAUAAAACGCACAGGACGCUGCAACUGCUUCCGACUUCACCGGCCGCGGGGCCCGUGGCGCAUCCCAAACCACGCGUUCCGGCGGGGCGCUGGGGACUGCGCCGGGACCGGCAACCGCAGCACGCCAGCCGCCGCGGAAACUUCCACCCGGCCGCCCGAGGCCUCUGCGCACGCGCGGCGCGGUGGCCCGCGCCCCGCCCCCUCCGGCCCCGCCCUGUCUGUCUGGUCUGCAGGCGCCCUCGCCGCCGUCUCCCGGCCGCCGCCUCCCAAGGCGCAGGCGCGGCCCGCGCCCGGCCCCUCCGCGCUGCCCCCGGCUCUGCUGACGGCGCUCGGGCCCGCGGCAGACGGCGCACGGCGCCUGCACAAGUCCCCGUCGCUGUCGUCGUCGUCGUCAUCUUCAUCGUCUUCCAACGCCGAGUCGGGCACCGAGAGCCCCGGCUGCUCGUCGUCGUCGUCCUCCAGCAGCACGUCGCUCAGCCGCGCGAGCGCCGGCCGCACCUUCUUCAGCUUCGCCGACGGCGCGGCCCACGCUCACCCCGGCCCACGCGGCCCCACGCCCGCCGGCUCACCGCCGCAGCACCAGUUUCACCCGGGCCGGCGGAAACGCGAGAACAAGGCUAGCACGUACGGCCUCAACUACCUGCUGUCGGGCAGCCGCGCGGCCACGCUGAGCGGAGGGGGCGGCCCCGGGGCCCAGGCGGCGAGGCCCGGCACGCCGUGGAAGAGCCGCGCGUACAGCCCGGGCAUCCAGGGACUUCAUGAGGAGAUAAUUGACUUCUAUAACUUCAUGUCCCCUUGUCCUGAAGAAGCAGCCAUGAGAAGGGAAGUGGUGAAACGGAUUGAAACUGUGGUAAAAGACCUCUGGCCAACAGCUGAUGUGCAGAUAUUUGGCAGCUUUAGUACAGGUCUCUAUCUUCCAACAAGUGACAUAGACCUGGUUGUCUUUGGAAAGUGGGAACGUCCUCCAUUACAGCUGUUGGAACAAGCCCUUCGAAAGCACAACGUGGCUGAGCCAUGCUCCAUCAAAGUCCUUGACAAAGCUACAGUGCCAAUCAUAAAGCUCACAGACCAGGAGACUGAAGUUAAAGUCGACAUUAGCUUUAACAUGGAGACUGGUGUCCGGGCGGCAGAGUUCAUCAAGAACUACAUGAAGAAGUACUCGCUACUGCCGUACUUGAUUUUAGUGUUGAAACAGUUCCUCCUGCAGAGGGAUCUGAACGAGGUCUUCACAGGAGGAAUCAGCUCCUACAGCCUCAUCUUAAUGGCCAUCAGCUUCCUGCAGUUACAUCCAAGAAUUGAUGCCCGGAGAGCUGACGAAAACCUUGGAAUGCUUCUUGUAGAAUUUUUUGAACUUUAUGGAAGAAAUUUUAAUUACUUGAAAACUGGUAUUAGAAUAAAAGAAGGAGGUGCCUAUAUCGCCAAAGAAGAGAUUAUGAAAGCCAUGACCAGUGGGUACCGACCAUCGAUGCUGUGCAUUGAGGACCCCCUGCUGCCUGGAAACGAUGUUGGGCGGAGUUCCUACGGGGCCAUGCAGGUGAAGCAGGUGUUUGACUAUGCCUACAUUGUGCUCAGCCAUGCUGUGUCGCCGCUCGCCAGGUCUUACCCCAACCGGGAUUCUGAAAGUACUUUAGGAAGAAUCAUCAAAGUCACCCAGGAAGUGAUUGACUACCGGAGGUGGAUCAAAGAAAAGUGGGGUAGCAGAAUCCUCCCAUCUCCAGACCUGGACAACAGGAUUAAGAUAAAGGAGAGAAUCAACACUUGCAAUGGGGAGCAGAUGCAGAGCCGGGAGCCCGGCUCCCCCUACAGCCAACGCCUGACUCUGUCCCUGUCCAGUCCCCAGCUGCUGUCCUCAGGUUCCUCUGCUUCUUCCGUGUCCUCGCUCUCUGGAAGUGAUAUUGACUCAGAUGCGCCUGCCUGCACCACUCCCAGUGUUUGUCAGUUCAGCCUACAAGCACCCACCACCCUGAUGGCCAGCCUGCCUACAGCCUUGCCAAUACCCAGCAGUAAGCCUCAGCCUGCUGCUCCCAGAACAUUGAUCAUGACAACGAACAAUCAGACCAGGUUUACCAUCCCCCCGCCAACCCUCGGAGUUGCCCCUGUUCCUUGCAGACAGGCUGGCGUGGAAGGAACCACGUCUUUGAAGGCUGUUCACCAUGUGACUUCCCCAGCCAUCCCCUCGGCAUCCCCCAAUCCACUGUCCAGUCCCCAUCUGUAUCACAAGCAGCACAGCGGCAUGAAACUGUCUAUGAAAGGCUCCCACAACCACACCCAGGGCGGCGGCUACAGCUCUGUGGGUAGUGGAGCCGUGAGGCCUCCUGUUGGCAACCGAGGACACCACCAGUACAACCGCACCGGCUGGAGGAGGAAAAAGCACGCACACACGAGGGACAGCUUGCCUGUGAGUCUCAGCAGAUAAUGGCUCCUGGCUGCUCCCACCCCAGACUGCGCACAGCACCUCCACUGUGGGCUGCCGACGGCCGCCCGGCACAGGUCACUCUGCAUGUUUGUGUGGUGGCCGCAUCCAUCCUACAGAGCAGCUCCCUGUGCUCAUCUGUGAAGCCUUACUACACGUGGAUGUGCGUCUGCCUGCCUAGGAGUCUGCGCCCGUGCCCAGCAGGGCGGCUGAGGAGUGAAGGAUUGCGAGUGCUCCUGUCUGUCCCAGGCAGAGAGGUCAAGCCCUGCUACAUGUCUUUCUCAUGGGAGUGUGCAGGCUGCCGUUUUACUGCCCUCAUGUCUUGUUUGAAACUUUGGGACUGUUUUUCUAUGUAAAUAUUGAAAACUUAUGAUUUGUGCAAUAACUCAGAUAUUUUUUAUUUAAUUUCAUAUUUUCACAUAAGUUAUAUUUAAGGGAGGAGGGAAUUUUUUUUAAACACGCUUAGAUCCUUUCCCAAUUUGCAUUUUCUAAGUUGGGUUCCUCGUGUUGGCUGUUGUCUGUAAGUGUCGUUACCUGAACACCGUGAGGAGGGGCUUGCGGGUUUUAUUUUCACGUCUUUUCUUUUGGUCGGAUGCAGUGAAGGAGCCAAGUCAUCGUGAUGGUUUUGUGAGGCGUUCAGCUCCCAGGCCUCCAGUGCGUUCCUGGCAGCCUUGCUGUAGGCCUUGGGCUGUUUUCCUGCUCUGACCACAAGUUCUGACAUUUUGGUUUGGGUUUUUAAAAACUAGACAGCAAAUCCAGCUUUUAAAGUGCCAGAAGUAAAAACCUCUAGGGAGCAGAGGUGGUCACAUCAUAGAGAUUGUACAGUACUGUGGCUGUGCCGUGCUACGGUCGGGAAGUGAUGUGUCUGAACCGUGGGCCUGGGGAGUAUCGUUACAGACAAUGGCACCCAGAUUAGGAAUGUGGAGAGAGGAAUUUCCUUGAUUCCGUUGAGGAAUCUGCAUAGCGGUAUGCACUGUUCUGUUAAGAGCAAAUAUCUGAAAAGUACCUCUGCGGUUGGGGCACGUGGGGAGUAUUUUAUUGUAUCACAGGAGAGCAUAGCCCAGCCAGCGUGGGCCCAGGAUCGGCUGGUGCCUGACGUCAGCAGCAAACAGGUAUACUAUGCAAGUGUAUUCUGCCACAACAACCACUGUCUUUGUUACUUGUUUUGAACAAGAUUAUAUCCAUCGCCUAAACCCCUAGUCUCUAGAGCACCACGGUUGUCCUGGGAGUGUUGCAUCUUGUAGGCCCUCUGGCUUCCAUCCCUAAAAUGGGGGUUCUGGCCCUGCUAAACACUACAGAGAGGUCGGUCUUUCAGUCCACUGGUAAAGAAUGUCAGGACAAGAAGCUGAUUGCUGUGACAUCUGAUUGGCAUGCAGCAGUGGGAGUUGUAGAUUGAUGUCUGAAUGUGACGAACGCCUAGCCAAGGACAAGUUGUGCGUGUCUGGGUCUGCCUCUCGCUGCCGCUGCCGUGGGGGCUGCUGACUCUGAGACAGUCCUGAGCAGAGUAGCACAUGGGGUCUGCAGCUCAUGAGGAUUGGAAUCAUCCAGAAUAUUUAAACUAUUUAAAUUGUGAAACCUGUUGCUAAAGAAUAUUUAGGAACACUGGUCCACAGGCCUGUACUAAUUACACACUAGCAAUAUUGACUGUAUCUGCAUUAAGGAGCCACCGUGGGGCCGUGUGAGUGACCCGCAGAUGUGCGUUUUAAAGUUCUGUCCAGGCCCAGGUGUGUGUCCAUCCCUGUAAUGGUGAACCAAAUGAAUUGGCCUGGCUACCACUGUGGCCACACGCUACAGGCUGACAGAAGCUAUCAUGUUUCAAUUUUGUGUGUGGACAACAAUGUGGACACUAAAAUUGACAUAUUUUUAUGUAAAGUUUUUCUAUUCUUUGAUUUUUAAUAAACUUUAGAAA